ACACAUCUCUCUCUCUCUCUCACCAAACUGCGAGAAUUACUCAAUCAAUUGUAUUCAUCUGACAUGUGCAAGUUCAUCACCCUCUCCUCUCUGCUUUCGUCCUCUCUAAGAUACUACUCUGUUGUCUUUCCUCUGCUUUUUUUUUUUUAUGACCAUACACCCAAACUGUUCCUUAUACACAACUUAUGCCAGCUCUUUUUUCUGUCAUAAAAGAAGAGCUCUAAAUAUAGGCGAUAGAAUGCCAAAAGGGCCUCUGCCCCAGCAAAGCAGUUGGCGCCUUUAAAAGCCCAAUAAAAGAGUCCUUAUUUCUCUGUUUCCGUACCCCCUAAAAACCAUUGGUUCUCCUCUUCUUGUUCAGUUUUUUCCUCAGAAAGUUCCCACAUUCUAGAGGGAGAGAGAAAGAUGUGGGUAGGUUAUGAAUGUUAGAAAUUGGCUUGACAUGUAUUGUGUGUCUUAUCUCUUUAGUUUCAAUCGGAUUUUCCGUUCCUUUUCAACAUCUACACCCAUUUCAAUCAUAUGGGUUUCUUGAUCUUUUCAUCCCUUUCCUUGAGAAACCAUUGAAUUCAAUAUUCCCAAUUAGAUUCUCCCUAUCGAAAAUGGCAUCUUCGCAGGUCGAAAUUGCCUCCUCUGCCCCUUUCUGCAUUCUCCGUGAUCACAAUCGACGAGACCAAUUCACCAACACUUUCCAGAAAAGCCUCAAAGAUUACCUCCUACAAACCUGCAUUUCUAAUUCAUCCCCAGAUGAGAAUUCCCUUAAUUCAGGUAGUUGGGUCAGAAAUCCCGACAACAACAACAAUGAGUUUUUGUCCCCUAAUAGCAAAAAACACACUCGAGUCCUCGAACGGUGGGCAAAAGCUCGAGACAUGGUUGCUUAUAUCGACAGCCCAAAUUGCAAACAGAGAGAGAAUUCUCCGACCCAAUCGGAUACCUUUGUCGAAAUCUCGAACCUGGGUGGGGUUUCAUCUCUUGUUCAGAGAUGGAGAGGCUUCACAGAAACGUCAUUGAAUCAAAAUAGAAAAAGUAACAACAGUCACAAUGCCGCGGCUUUGUCCCCUGUUUUCACCAGCAAAAGCAAUUCCGAAAAUGUUCCGCCUCUGAAUGACACGAACCAAGAGGGAAAUACCAAUUUAUUGGGCGUUUUGGUCCAAUCAAAUAGGUCUGAAGCAUUUGACGAAUUGGUGGACGAAAGGUUCGACACCCCUUCCAUGAUGACAGAGGACUCGUUUAUGGAUUGGGAAUCGGACAGGACGGUUCUAAGUGGUUCCCCAUCGGUGCAAGGGGGACGGGACUCGACGGACGGGGGAGAAAGCGAGAGGGUGAGGGUGGCCGAUGUGAUCAGGAAGUUGACUUCGGAGAAUCAGAUGCAGGGUUGUUUAGUGUCCUGGAAGAAUGAGCAGGGGAGCUCUGUUUCUUCUUCCUUUGCUUCUCCUCAUCAGUUUGAACCGUCGUUGCCUCGGUUGCGAACUGUGGUAUCAGAUCAGAUAGGGGAACAGAGGGGUUGUUUCUCGUCGCCGGUUGUGAGCUCACCGCGACUUAGAGGGCGUCAGGCGUUCAACGAUUUGCUAAUGCAGCUGGAGCGCGACAGGCACAGGGAGCUCGACCGCCUUGUGGAGCGUCGAGCAGUGUCGAAGUUCUCUCAUAGAGGCCGCAUUCAGUCAUUGCUUCGCCUUAGAUUCCUACGACGUGAAGCAGAAGUGAGAUAUGAUCUUCAUCGGCAGAAUUUACGCCAAGAAGCACCAAUUGGUGCUCAACAACAGCAUUCACAUUCAGGUGUAGUUGAGGGGGCUCAACAACAUUCACAUUGUGAAGUUGCCGUUGAGGCUCCAUGGCAUUCACAUGCCACGGAAUUUCGGCCUCAACAGAUUUCAUGCCAUGGAGGAGAUACUAAUGAUGAAACAAAUUUAUGUCAUGAAGGAGUUGGGGCUCAACAGCGUUUUGGGGGUUGUGAAGAAGCAACUGUUGGGCCUCAACAACAUUCCCAUUCUGAAGCAACUGUUGGGAAUCAGCAGCAUUCAUUUUCGAAAGAAGUCAGGGACUUAGAAACUGCACAGGGUGACGCAGCAGUCGCAGAUAGACAACAAUCGCAUUUGACAAGUUCGGAAGCAAGCCGAACUAGACAACCUUCAGCAGUAGUGCUUCUAAGGGAGAAAUUUGACAUACAAGUUGAGAAAGAUGCAUCUAAUCCAAAAACGCCGCUUGGAGUUGUGGUAAAUAACACUAAAGAAAUGAAGAAUUCUUUUUCCUCCAAUCAAGUCAUGGAGGAGCCUCAACCUCAUGAGAAUUUAGAAUCAUGCUCGAUGGAAGAUGUUCACAAAGAAGCUAGUCCAAGUUCAUAUGCUCUACGGCAAGGGAUAAGAGAUGAGGUUUGUAAUUUAGACUCAAAAGAUUAUGCUGCAGUGUCAUUGACAGCUUCAAAUGGCUGGGAAGAGGAUGUGAGUGCCGAAGAGCAAGAGACCAGUAACCCAAAGCAAACAACAAACAAAGACAUGAUAAAUUGUGAUUGGCAAGAACAAGAGUCCGAUGAUCAGCAGCUAGAAGGAACUGAUCAGGACUGGAUAAGUGUUGUUUCACGCCCAUGGAGUGAGUGGGACGAACAAAAGGCCAAUAGCCAGCAGAUUAUAGAAACCAAUAAUGAUUGGAUAAUGGACAUUUCUCGCCCAAGGAGUGAUUGGGAAGGUCUCAGGGAAGCAAGGUACCAGGAGAUGCUUGAUCCUUACCUAGACAAUGGAGAUAUACGCCAACUCCUUGAAAGGAGAAGUGUAUCAACUUUUCUUUCAAGUAAUUUAAAAGAUACAAUGGACCAGUUGAUGAUCUCUCGAGCUGAAAGACUUCCACAAUCAAUUGGAAAUGAGCAAGGAGAAGAGGAUGGUUUCCGUAAUAGACUAGAACAACUAAUGUUGUCUCAAACGCAAAGGCAAGCACAUACAGUGAGCAGUCAUCAAGAAGAUGAAGAACAAGACAUUGAAGAAAAUCAAGAAGAUGAGGAACAAGACAUGGAUGAAGACCAAGAAAAUGAAGAAGAACAGGAUGAUGAAGACGAUGACAAAGAAGAAAAAGAAGAAGAAGAAGAUGAUGAUGAUGAUGAAGAGAGCCCACUUACGCGCCAAUAUAGUGAAGUUGGUGACUAUGUGGAUCAAGUUGCAAACGGUGUGAGAACAUGGAGUCAUGAUGGUGAUCAUGAAAUCAGUGAUGAUUCGGCUCAAGUUGCAUCUCAGUCAUCCGGACAAUCUCAAUCUUCUCAGGCUUCUUAUCCAGGCACUCGACUCUGCUCUUCUUUCACCAAUCCUUCUUCAAUUGAAAUGGAACUCAUAUAUGAUUUGAAAGGGCACAUGGUGCAACUCCAACAUGAGAUGUCUGAGCUUCGAAAAUCUAUAAAGAGUUGUGUGAGUAUGCAGUCAAAAUUGCAACGCUCCAUUAAGCAUGAGGUUGCAGAUGCUGUAAGUCGCUCAGCUAGAAGGGUUAUAAAGGAGUCACUCAACAAGGGUCCAAGAAAAAGAUGUUGUGUUUGCUACGAAAUGCAAGUCGAUUCUCUUCUGUACAGAUGUGGGCACAUGUGCACCUGUUUCAAGUGCGCCCAUGAGCUGCAAUGGAGUAGUGGAACAUGUCCAAUAUGCCGAGCUCCAAUAGUGGAUGUUGUUCGAGCAUAUGCUAAUGAUUCAUAGAGGAAACGUGAACGAGUUCUUGCUCAGAGGACCGUCUCUAAUAUAACUCUUAUUCACUGAGACACAAGUUAAAAUACAUAUUUUUUUCUUCUUGUUCUUUUUUUUUUUUUUGUUCCUAUUUUCAUGGUUAGGUGAUUUUAAGUUUCAUUCAAUUAAUUACUUUAUACAAUGCCAUAUUAACCAAUGAGUGAUCCUUCUCCACUGACAUAAGUAUUUGUUGAUUUGUCCAUAGGGGAAUCAUUAUAUGCUAAAUGCUCCCUUUCAGCCUUGUACUUAUUACUUGUGACAAGAUUAUAUUUAUCCUCAUUUGGUUGCAAUGAUACCACCA